GCAAACUCCCUUGGUUGCCUUAUUUAGCAAAACAAAAAAUUUUCGAUCUUCACCAAACCAUCACAAGGCAUGUCCAGUGAAAGAGCAGAAGGAUCGUCCAGGAAUAUGAAUAUACCUGGAAAUGAUCAUCAGCCGCAGCCACCGAGCCGAUACGAGUCCCAGAAAAGAAGGGAUUGGAACACAUUUGGACAGUACUUGAAGAACCAAAGGCCCCCGGUUCCCCUUUCACAGUGCAACUGCAACCAUGUGCUCGACUUCCUUCGCUACCUUGACCAGUUUGGAAAGACUAAGGUUCAUCUCCAGGGCUGCAUGUUUUACGGGCAGCCCGAGCCGCCUGCCCCUUGCACCUGCCCACUCCGGCAGGCUUGGGGGAGCCUUGAUGCUCUCAUCGGGAGGCUUCGAGCUGCCUACGAAGAGAAUGGAGGGUCACCGGAGACCAAUCCUUUCGCCAGUGGGGCCAUCAGGGUUUAUCUUAGAGAGGUGAAGGAGUGUCAAGCUAAGGCAAGAGGUAUUCCCUACAAGAAGAAAAAGAAACCAAAUCAAAGCAAGGGAAAUGAUGAAUCCAGCUCCAGCUCCAGCUCCACCAUGCACUUCUCUUGAUCAUGUGGAACGAAUGAGUUGUCAAAUGGAAGGGAUAUAUCGACAUGCACGUCAAUAUUUCAGCCUUUCAAGAUAGCUAUCCUCAAGGGAGUUGAUGCACGUACAACAUCUCUUGGGAGGUUUCAUGAUUUGCGUUUAGAGAAUUGUAAGAACCUAUAGCAAAUCACAAAACUCUUUCCUAUCUGCCUGAAUUGCUAGUUACUUGGAAUAUUCAUAAUAAUAGUACAUAAUCAUGAUCACUCAUUUACUUAUGUAGUACUUAAUUUAGUAAUGCUAUGUAAAUAAUUCUGUUUUAUUUUGAGUUUUUUUCGUAAUCUAGAAGAAUGUUUAGCCUCGUUUUACUAGCUACAAGAAUUAAAAUCCCCUUUUAAGCCUAAGCUGUUGCCAAUACAUUUUGAGAUUU